AUGUCAGAUCUCCCGGCAAAGAACCCCUAUGGGCCCGUUGAAGGGCUGGCGGGGGAGCAAUAUGUCGCGCCGCAGGCAAUUAUCGAUCCUGAGAGCGGGGUGCGGCGAGGCCUCAAGACGCGCCAUCUCAGUAUGAUGGCUCUGGCAGGAAUUAUCGGUCCAGGACUGCUGGUUGGCUCGGGAGGUGCGCUCUCAAGUGGAGGGCCCGCGUCGCUCUUGAUUGGUUUUGGGGUCAUUGGGAUCAUAGCCUUCAGCAUCAUGCAGUCGUUAGGAGAGGUCACGACGCUCUAUCCCAGUGGAGGGGCUUUUACGGCGUUGGCGGAUCGGUUUGUGGAUAAGGGGUUUGGCGUUGCGGUCGGAUGGAAUUAUUUCAUUAUCUGGGCUGCGGUGCUGGCUAAUGAGUACAAUACCAUCUCGGCCAUCUUUGUCUUCUGGAGCGACAAAGUGCCGUUAUGGGGAUAUUUCCUCCUCUUCUGGUUUGCCUUCCUGGCCUUCCAACUCUUGGGCGUGGAAGCGUUUGGAGAGGCUGAGUUCUGGCUUGCGCUUGUCAAACUUGGAGGCCUUGUUGCUUACUUCAUUUUCUCAAUUGUCUACGCAGCCGGCGGGCUCCACGGCCAGAAACAUGCCUUGGGCUUCCACUACUGGCACGAUCCCGGCGCCUUCGCCGACGGUUUCCGCGGGGUAGCAAAAGUCUUUGUAUUCUGUUCUACUUUCUACGCGGGCUGCGAAUCCGUGGCCGUUGCCGCCACCGAGACCCGGAACCCUGGGCGUGCAGUGCCGCUUGCAAUCCGUCAAGUCUUCUGGCGGAUCAUCUUCAUCUACAUGGGCUCCGCCUUCUUCUUCGGCCUGACCUGUCCCGCGAACGCAGCUGGUCUCGUUAGCGGCACCAGCAAGGCGUUGAAAUCCCCAAUGACGAUCGCGAUCCAGAACGCCGGGUGGUAUGGUGGGGUUCAUCUCAUCAAUGCCUUUAUCUUCAUAACCUGCCUCUCUGCAGUCAAUAGCUCCAUCUACAUCGGCUCCCGCACCGUCCUAUUUAUGGCGCAAGAAGGCAAAGCCCCCCGCUUCCUGGGCUUUACUGACAGUCGAGGUGUCCCCGUCUACGCCAUCAUCUUCACGAACCUCUUCGGCGCCCUCUCCAUGAUGAAUGUCAGCACCGGCGCAGGCGCCGCUUACAACUACAUCGUCAACCUCUCCGGCGUCUCCACCUUCCUCGUCUGGGGCUCCAUCUCAUUCAUCCACAUCCGCUUCCGACGCGCCUGGUCAGCACAGGGCCGCUCCGUCGAUGAACUCCCCUUCAAAUCCCUCUGGUACCCGUGGAAUGCAUAUUUCGGCCUGGCGGCGAAUGCCUUCCUAGCAUUAGUUCAAGGCUGGACCACCCUGUCACCCUUUGAUGCGGGGAAUUUCGUCGAUGCGUAUAUACUCCUCCCGCUCUUCCCAGUCGUCUGGCUGGUAUAUAAAUUCUUCUUCAAAACACGUUACUGGCGGCUGGAUGAGAUCGAUCUGGAUAUCGGUAGGAGAGUGGAUGUGGAUGCGUCCCUUGAUGAUGCGUAUCUUUCGGGGCUCGAAACAACGGAUAUAAAACGCCCGCUGUGGCGAAGGGUCAUUAGGAAUGUUUAG